GCAUGGCAGACAAAGAAAACAAGCGGCAAGGAGUGGAAUUCUUGUGAAGCUCCUUCCCGACAAUAAUAAAUCACUCUUAUCAUCGCCUCUCUCUUUCUACUGUAUCAGUCAAGAGACUCAAGGCUAGACCAGACACCAAAACGCCACCGUUUUCUUUAUCAACCGACGUUAAAAUCCCAAGGAGACGAAGCAACGGUUACUUGCUUGCUCCUUCUGGAUCAAGUUCAAAACCAUCAAAGCUAUAUAAAUAGUACGCACCUGUAGGUGUGAGACACAGAGAGAAGAAACGACAUCGUUUUUCUGUUCCCCUGAGAGGUGGAAAUGGUUUCAUAUUUGCCGCUGAUCGCGAUCAUGAUCAUGAUUGUUGGAGACUGUAGAGCCAGGGAAUUACGGCCGUCCUACCACGGGCUGGACAACCAGAGCGCGCCACCUGAGGGGCAGAAAAUGCCGCCGGAAAUGAAGGAAUUCUUCGGAGCUUCAUCGUCGCCAACUUCGAAAUCAUCCAACGUUGCAUUGCCGAAAGCAAUGAAUUCUAACGACACGACGUGGUGGAGCGGUGUUAAAGGUGGAAAUGCCGGCGGUGAAGGUGGAGAUCGCUUGAGGCACGUGCUUUUCGUGGCCAGCCUCGCGUGUGGGAUCACAGGUGCGGCGCUGCUAGUGGCUUCCGCUUUCAUCUACGUUGUCAAGUAUAAAAAGCAAACGACAUCGUCCUCAGAUAACAGUAAAUCCAAUCACUAGUGAGUAAAGCAGUUGUGCUUUUUUGAGAUUUGUUUUAUUUUUAUUAUUAUUAUACUCUCCCUUUUUUUCAUUUUUUUAUUUUUAAAAUAUUUUUGUUAUGUGUUUGAUUUGAACCCAAAUUUCUUCCCUUGGCUUGAAUGCGUGCAUAGCACUUGCUGUAGUAUUUUUAUAUAUUUUUGUUUUUUUUUUCUUUUCCUAUUAGAGGUUGAUUAAGUUGAAA